AUGGCGAGCAACCUCAUGUUCAGAAUGCUACAAGUCCCUCUUUUUGCGUUUCUUCUAUCCUUGUGUCUGGUAUUCCCCACGGCACAUGGUUGGAGAAACAUAACCGACAUUACAAAUGCAUAUCAAGGCAUCUACUGGUGGACUGCCCUCGUGGAAUGUCCAGCGGAGCGCUUUGAUAUACUGGUUGAGUCUACUCGGAUGAUGUUAGAAUUGACCAAGAGGACUACCAAACCCAUGGACACGCCGGGAUGGCAGCGUUUCUUCGCCGCUGAUCCACCGGGAGUGGAGGGGUGGGCUGUGCUUGAUUAG